GUUGCACCUUCUGCUUCCCCAGGACCGCUGGUCUAGCUCUGCAGCGGAAGCCGCACGGAACCAGUCCAGGGUAAUACUGCCACCUGCUGGGCAGUUUCAGUCUUUGAUUCUUCUGAGAAGAACUGGGUUCCAUCCCUUUUUGGAAAUUAGGAUUUAGAUGUAAUAGCUUUAUUGAAUUACAUAAAGCAGAUUUUAUUAUUCUCAUCUUACACAUGAGGAAAUUAAGGCUAAAAGAUUUCCCAUGUAUCACUGGCACCCGCUCUACCACUGUGUGCAUAUAUAGGGCUCUGUAGCUAUUUCUUAAUCUUGUCAGCCUAACUGUAUUUUGAGGAAGGUGUGUGCGUGCGUGUGUCCACAUGUGUGUGCGUGUGUGCGUGCGCACACUGGCACACAAAAUGUAUGCAUUUUGAAUAGAUGGAGAAGUAAAAAUGGCUUUCUAGUCAGUCAUCCAUAUAACAAACAUUGAUUGCUUACUAGGUGUCAGAUACUGUGCUAUAGACACAAUGUUGAUCAAAGUAGAUGCUGAUCUAAGGUUUUAUUAUCUAGUCAGAAAGCCAGGCAGUUAAGUAGGCAGUGGAAUAAAUAAAUAGUGCUAAGAGUGAUGAGGGACUGUAGGGUGCACUGGCAGGAUACAGCAGGGGUAGCUAACCUAUGCUGGGGGUCUGGAAAGGCUUCUCAGAGUGGUGUUUAAACUGAUACCUGAAAGAUGGGGGAAGGGAGGCCAGGAGAGCACUACUUCGGCACCUGUAUCAAGUGCAACAAAGGCAUCUAUGGGCAAAGCAACGCCUGCCAGGCCCUGGACAGCCUCUACCACACCCAGUGCUUUGUCUGCUGCUCCUGUGGGCGAACUUUGCGCUGCAAGGCUUUCUACAGCGUCAAUGGCUCUGUGUACUGUGAGGAAGAUUAUCUGUUUUCAGGGUUUCAGGAGGCAGCUGAGAAAUGCUGCGUUUGUGGUCACUUGAUUUUGGAAAAGAUCCUACAGGCAAUGGGAAAGUCCUAUCACCCAGGCUGCUUCCGGUGCAUCGUGUGCAACAAGUGCCUGGAUGGCAUCCCCUUCACAGUAGACUUCUCCAACCAGGUGUACUGUGUCACCGACUACCACAAAAAUUAUGCUCCUAAAUGUGCGGCUUGCAACCAACCCAUCCUCCCCUCAGAGGGCUGUGAGGACAUUGUGAGGGUGAUAUCCAUGGACCGAGAUUAUCACUUCGAGUGCUACCACUGUGAGGACUGCCGGAUGCAGCUGAGCGAUGAAGAAGGCUGCUGCUGUUUCCCUCUGGACGGGCACUUGCUCUGCCACAGCUGUCACAUGCAGCGGCUCAACGCUCGACAGCCCCCUGCCAACUAUAUCUGAGCUGCGGUCACUGCUGCUGCCAUCACCACCACUGACAAAUUCCUCUGGCCAGGGGCCCCUGAGGCCAGCUGAGGCAAGGGUGUACCUUGCAGGCCUGGCAGAAGAGUCCUUUGGGGAGGGCCCCCAGGGCCAGAGACCCAAAGAUCAUGACAUUCCAAAUGGAUUGUGGAGCAGGAACCUCCCAGUUGCCAUGGUGGGGGUGACUGGCUUCCUUCCCACAUGUGCAACCUGUGCUGUAGCCUAUACUUAAGCACGCACAGGCGGCUCCCAUACACUGUAAAGGUCUGAUUCUAGUCUGUAUUUCCAGUAUAAGUCUAUGUGUAAAUCAGCAAAUGCUGUGGUCCUGGAUUACAGGAAGGGAAGACAUCAUGGAAGCUCCUAACUAUUUUGUACCCACACACGGGGUCAGAUAGGAGGUCAAACAGGUUCUUACCACACCACCGUCUCUUAUUUCUGUACCUAGAUGAAGAGGUGGACCUUAUAAACGAGUUACUUCUUGGCCACCUGCUCUCUAAGGACUAAGAGAGCUGCUCACCUCAAGGCUGGGAAUAGAGACCAGCUCCAGGUGGGCCUGCUGCCUGUAUUGCCUGAUUCUCAGGGACUCACGUGAGCCUGGGAAGACUAACUGGGUGCCUGUACUUCUCAGCUGGUGGAGGUGGUAAUGAGUAGGCCUUGGGGUUUGGCAUUGCUGGGGGAGACAUUUAUGAAGCUUCGAGCUAGUCACACUCCCCAGGUGUAAGUGCAUGGAGCCCUCCUGCCCAGUACAGGCACCCAGGAGCAUGUUCUCACACACCUACUCGCUCCCUUCUUCUCAGGUCACUCCUGCACCUGGUCCCUAGCAGCAGCUCACUACUCCGGAGCUGCCACCUUUCAGAGGGAUCCAGGAUUACAUCUACUGUAACUCCCAAAUUCUGGGGUUCUGGGGCGCCACAGGGGCAGAACACUUUGACUUGGUUCUAGUUCAGUUUUGCUGAAAUUCGUUUACCUAAAGCUAGAUCUCUUAAAACCAUUUCACUGAAAACCUGUGUGUUUAAAGUUACUACCACUGCCAAAGGCUCAAAUCCCUUUUGGGUAUUUUUUUAUUUUUAUUUUUUUAGCCAUUUAGGUAUUCUAUUCUUUUUUGUCAUGCUUUGGGUAUUUCAAGGAUUUAUAUCUAUUCAUCCAAGAGUACUUCUGAAUUACCAGCAACAUAAAUUUAUCAAAUUUGCAGCACUUUGUAAAUGAUAAGAUUGCUUCCUCCUACCUUGAUGGGUAUCUCUAUGUUAUUUGCUUUUCAAACACUUUUUUAAAAAAGCUUAAAGUUUCUAGCAAUAAAUAUAAUUGGUACAGACA